AUGAAACUAUGUAUUAUAUUUAGACCAUUAUUGUUUUAUUUAUUGUUGUGUUACGGCAAAAAAUUUGCCCUUUCUACUGACCAAGCUGCAACAACUACAACUCCACAACAGCAACCCUUACUCUAUUCAAUAGAGGUUGAUAUCGCACAAAGAGAGUCUACUAGUGAAAUCAUAUACAAUGUGGAGUUCGAUGGAGCUGAAACUUUCGUUUGUCGAAAGGGCUACGUGAUUAGAGAGGUAUGGAAACGCGAUAAACUCCUAUGGAAAUAUGAAAAAGAUGCGUAUCCUGAUAAAGUAUACAUUAUAACUGGUUCUGAUGGAAAAAGGACAGCUAAUGUUCGCUACCCAUAUGACGAACUUGUAGUUGAAGUUGACCUAUCAGUCAAGCAGUCUAAUGACUGGGUUAUUUAUCAGAGAUAUGAUCAAGAGGAUAUUGACUUAUUCAUUUGUAAAACUGGUUACUUAAUUUCAAAGGUUAAGAAAGGACAGGCUGUAGUAUGGCAGUGGCAACAAGGUUUGGACUACCCUAAUAGAGUUAUCAUCCACAAGGACGAACACGGAAAAAAAAUGGCAACUGUUAAGUUCCCAGGAGAUGAACAUAUUUUGCUAAUCUUAGAUGUUGCAGUUAGGCAAUCCACGAACGAAGUUGACUAUGUAAAGGAUCAACACGGCAUUGACGCCUUUAUUCCCAAGCCAGGUUACAGAAUACACAGGGUGGUAAAGAAUGGUAAAUUCGUCUGGGAGUGUCAAGACGGGAUUUAUCCUGACAGGAUCAAUAUUGUCUAUGACGAAAAUGGAAGACCUAUUGCCAGGUUUAAGUUCCCCGAUGCCGUUCCAGAAGCAGCGCCUCCGGUUGCCGCUCCUCCUCCAGAGGUGGCCCCGCCACCACCUCCGCCACCCGAAAUAAAAGAAAGAUCUGGUAUGCAAUUAGAUUUAAUGGCUAAAGAACCCACUCAAUAUUACAAUUACGAAGAUCAAGGCAAUGUCGGAACUUAUACGCCCUAUGAUACAGUUGCCUUCAAUUCUAUCAUGAAGAAAAACAGUACUAUAUGGUCUACUCGUGACAAAAAGAAAUACGCAACACUUGUAGUUCGAGAUGGUGUUAAAAAGUGUAAAAGUUUCAAUAACGUGUCACUCCAGCAUCUCGAUGGUAGUUAUACUCAUUUAACAUACGACAAAGGCAAUUGGGUUGAAAUUUCAAAGGAAUUGAUCCUUAACAUUAAGUUUCAAAAUACUGUACGCUACGAUUACUCAGAAGAACACGAUUUGGGUAUAUUUACACCCAAACACGACUGUGUAUUCAAGAAUGUGAGGUUGCAAAGGAGCUGUAGUUGUGGUCGCCGUACAGGAGACCGCGAUUUCUGGCACGGCGGAAAGGAAAAAAUUACACGGCGAGUAGUAACUAAUUAUCACUUUAACAUGGACCGUGAAAAGUAUUUAAGUAUUUUCGUUGAAGGUGGCGAAGUUUUCCAUUACCGUUCACCCACUGGCCAGUACGGAUGGGAUCAAAUCUCAAACGAAAUGGUUUUAGACUUAAAGAAGAAAGAUAAUACUUAUCGAUUCUACUACGCAGCAUAUGAUCAACUCCCUACCUACGUUGGCAACUAUAACUUUGUUUUCACGGCAAUAGUAAACGGCAACGAGCACAUAUGGCAAGGGGAAAAAGGCCAAUACGCAAAUCUCGUAUAUACCGACUGUUCAGAUCAAAAAGAGGAUCCCGAUAACCUGGCCAUUGUUUUAACAGACGAAACCAAGAUUUUGCUCCAAAAAUCCGGUGGUCGAUGGGUGAAGAGCGACGAAUUCCCAGGAUUCGACCUCGACAUCCUGGAACAGUACUCAACCACAACGAUUAGUUACGCACAAAACACGGAUGCAACUGCUCACAGUUUCACUACCAAAAACAUAUUCCUGAUUAAAAGGGUUUUAGAUGAAUGUAAAGAAAUAUGGAAGGCCGAGAAUAAGUCUCAAUACGCGCGAAAGGUUAUUUUAUUCGGCGAUCAGCUAAUCAUAAAGCCGCAUUUGGGUCAGAGAAUCGAAUAUGAAAAGAAAGAUCGUAAAUGGGUUAAGAAGGUCCUCGAACAACAAAAUUAA